AAUGCGGGUAUUGCAGUGACUGCGUGGAAAUCUCGUGGAUCCAAAGCCUGCUUGAAGUCCUCAACGAACCGUGACGGCUGCGCAGAAAUGAACAGGAUUCCCGUUUGCGAGGUGAUCGACCAGCGUCCGUUGGCCGACAAAGAUGAGUCGCCGCCGCCGUCUUCCGUGUUUCGACCGCUGAUCGGAGACGAGUGCUCCGUCACGCUGAUGGACGUGCGGCUGCAGGCCCCGUUGACCGACUGCGGCCCGUCCACGUGGUUCAACGGAACGGACCGCGUGCUGGUGUUUGUUCUCGGCGAAGCGGACUGCGUGGUGGAUAGGGGCCUGGAAGCGGUGGUGGCCGGUAUGCGACCGGGUGAGCUCCGGGAGUUUUGCGUGGGCGAUGGACGUGGUGGCCGCGUUAAUGGCCGCGUCCGGUUGUCGGCCGUGCGAAAGGCGGCUGGCGGAGCUAGCUGGCGCGGCGACGACAGGCUAAAACUGACGGAGGCAGCCCGACACAAGGACGUGGGCAAUCGUCUGUACGGACAGGGCCGGUUCGCGGACGCGUUUCACCGGUUUAACCGGGCGGCCAGGGCGGUGUUGUUCGUCCGCAACGUGGACGCUGUCCGCGGCGACCGGGAUGCCAUGUACACCGUCGUGUGCAACAACAUGGCCGCCUGCCAGUUGCGACUGGGCAACUACGAGCACGCCCGCCGGCUGUCCGGCAAGGCGCUGGCCGUCGAACCGAGCAACGUCAAAGCCCUGGUUCGCCGGUGCCAGGCGUCCGCCGAGCUCCGCAUGUUCGACGGCGCCCUGGUCGACGCGGUCCGUGCCCUGGACAUCGAACCCGGCAACGUGGUGGCCGAGCGUUACCGGGACGUGGCCGCGCGCGGUGUGGACGCCCAGAACGCCCGUUACGGCGACAUGGUCAAGAAGAUGUUUGCCUGAGACGUGUGCGCACGUUUUUUUCGUGCCUGUAACAAUGCCGUCUAAGAACAAAAAUGUCGAAUGAUAUAAUAUGUACCUACUUACCUAUAGAACAUAGGUACGCUUUUCAACAUGCAGUGUGUAAUAAAUAACGUUGUUCAUACGA